UUGUCUCUGCUUGGUUGCUCUCACAGUUGGGACUCGCCUCACAGAAAUGUGAUCGGCUAUGAAAAAUCGAAAGCCAUGUGUAUUUGCAGUUUCGUGACUUUAUUAUGUGAUUGAGCGUAACGGUAACAAGGGCAGCUAGUAAAUAUAACCUUUGUUUAAAUAUCGCCAGGUCAUCGUUAAUUCGUCGGUGACUAACUAAGCUAACCAACUAACUAACUAAGCUUGCUAAGUUACCCAUGGUGCCGGGAGUCACGUGGAUUUACCUGAACUUCUGCCCAGUUUGCAUCCAGCGAACUCACCGAAAGACUUCUGCCAGAAACACAUUUUAUUGGAACAAUGAGUGAAAGUGAAAGUGAGACCGAAAAAUCUGGGUGGACCAAGGAAAACCUGCAGCAGCUUUUUGCUUCACUGAAACACAACAUACCGAAACGUUACAUGAUGUGCGUGUAUACCAAAGGACUGAAGACUGUAGACUGGAAAAAAGUGGCUUUCCCUCCUUUCUCUCCUGAAGCGUGCCAAGAAAAGUGGAAAGAGAUUUUUCAGAAGAUGCGCAAGCUUCGGUCCCUCACAGAGCUCAUUACCGAAGCUGAAGAUGUCCUGUCAAAUCCUGUCCGAAACAGAAAGAUCCAUCCAGACUUCCCAAAGAGACCCACCCCUCCAAAUGCUAUGUAUUUUGAGGAGAACUGGGCCAAAUUUCAAGAGCAGCACCCAGAGAUGAGCCACAAAAAGGUAGUGGAGGUCUUGUUCAAGAAGUACAAGGUGCUCCCAGAUGAAGAGAAGGCUCAGUAUGUGGAGAAACACCAGCUUGCCAUGAAAAAAUACAAGGCAAGGGUGCUGAAAUUCAGGAAACAAAAUCAUAAAUCUCCUGAUCGGACGCACAGGACGUCCCAAAAGAGAAAGAAGGUGUCUGCAGACACCCCAGAUGGUGAACAGUGUACUGAAGGUCUGCCUCCCAAGCCUCCUUUCAAUGGCUACAAUCUAUUCUGCAAAGAGCAAGUGGCGUCCAUGGCGGGUGUCUCAAGAAAAGAAUAUGUGAGUGUGUGGGCCCAACGUUGGCGAAAUUUGACUGAGAGACAGAGGAACGAGUACAGUGUACGCUGCAGAGAGUUGAAGAGUCAGUACGCGAUCAAGCUGAGUCAACAUCUAAACACUUCUGAUGAGGACGAGCAGCAGUGGAUCCGAGAUGAAAGUGGCAUCAAACAACCUAAAGAGCAUAAGGGAAUUACUAGAGAAGUGAAGAAACUUCUCGGUGAGCCCAAGAUGCCAUCUCGAUCUGGUAAUGUAUUUUUCUGCAAGAGCCAGAUGGAAAUUCUUAAGGAGGAAUUCCCCGAUGCAAAGGAGCGCUUCAUUAAGGUCAACGAAAGAUGGCAAAACCUCUCCACAAAGGAGAAGGAAUGUUAUAAAGGGAAAGUACAGGAAAGCUUUAGAAAAUACUCAAUGGAACUACAGAAGUGGUUUAAGACCUUGUCGGCAGAAGAGCAGGAGAACUAUCGAAAAAAGAACCCCAGCAAAUGUCAGUACCUUGACCCCAAACAAGUGAAAGUUCAUAAAAGAGAAGAACUGUGCCUGAACAGAACUUCAGACUCAGAAGAUGAAGACAUUGACAGCAGCAGUGAUGAAGAAGAACGCAAUCUGGACUCUUAUGAGGAGGAGGAGGAGGAGGAAGAAGAGGAGGGCGACAUCACGUUUGACAUGUAUUAGAUUGUGAUGCGAUGCAGAGGUUUCACACGCAUGUCAAGUUCAGAGCUGGAUUCUGGAUUUGCUAUAACUGCAACUUGUUCUUCUCACUAACGCCAAAGCUGAAAGAGAAAUAGAUUAUUGUAAGUAGAUAUUGGACCUUAAAUGGGUCCUGCUUUACAACCUAACCUGAAAAUAGGAUCCCUGAAAAAAUACUGUUUGAGGUUCUUCAUUGUGUCAUUUGUUGUGCAUCAAUGGUGUAUAUUCCCACAUCAGUUUAACAUUACCACAGUGCAAACAUGGGUCUUUUUAAUCCUCUGCCAUAGGAAUAAUGUUCAAGAUGCACAGAGUGAAAAGAAUGGGGGACCCCCAUGCAAAUACAUUUGUCCCAUAACACAACAUAAUGCAUCUGAGGCUGUCUGUAAAUGAAGUCAUCUUUGUGAACAAAGUAGACAACAAACACACUUUAUUGUACCACUACUCUGCUGAUCUUCUGCUAUUUAACAAUAAUAAACUCCAUGUGUAAAGUUACUUUAGAAAGAAAGCACCACGGUCAGUUGUCACUCAAAUUAUCUGGUUUUAUAUUUAUUGGGGUAAAAAAAAAUGUGAUGUGAUUUAUGUGUUUUUUGUUUUUUUUUGUUCGUUUGUUUUUGUUAUUAUCGCUGGCUCAUUUUGUUGUUGUUUUUUAAACCCUAUACAGAUGUUUCUAAUAAACGUGCUACAUAAAGAUGUGAGAUGA